AUAAUUAGCCAUGGGUUGCUCCAAGGGCAAGCCUCAGAUUGACCCCAUCGCCUUUUGUCAGCUUUUCAAAGCCCUCUCUGAUCUACGCCAAAAGCCCGGUUGCAGAGAUGCCUGCGCUGUCACAUUGGCAGGUGCGGGGGAGGCUUACGUUUCCAGCAGGGGAACAUACUUUCCUUGGAUAUACUUGUGUAAACUGGGGGUUGCCAUCACGGAGAGACCACAGGAACCCCCCUUGGGCCCUCCAUGUCCUCUUGACGGGGCUUUCUGGACUCGAAGACCCCCUCAUGUACCCCAGCAGGGGUGCUUUGCCUGCAUCGCCAAGACACCCCCCAUACAGCAAGGGUCCCCUGUACUGUCUCCCUCUUCUGCUGUGUGCCUGAUGGAGAAUAAGACCUGCAAAGGGGACAGCCUGAGACCCCCGCUGCAAUGCAAACACUCCGUGGAGAAGAAAACGAUGACUAAUCCCACUGCUGUAAUUGAAAUCUAUCCAGACACCACUGAAGUGAAUGAUUAUUAUCUCUGGUCCAUCUUCAACUUUGUAUACCUCAAUUUCUGCUGUUUGGGCUUCAUUGCCUUGGCAUAUUCUCUGAAAAACUUGAGUGGCUACUGAUGGAAAGGAUCCUUUGAGGAAAAAGAGCAGCUACAAAUCACGAGCAAAGAUUUGUACUUGUCAGCUUCUAAGCCUGCCUUUUGAAAGACCUCUAAACCUCUUAUGAGACCAGGCUGCUCCCUCCAUUGACUACCUUCUUCCUUGGGAAAAUAAGAAUAGGAAGGGAGGAAAGACACAGUUGCUACUCAUAUCAUCCCCAGGCAAAGAAGAGGUGAGCAUCAUUCCCCUGGGACUCAUAAAAGACAAGGUCAGAAACGGAAACCUUCCUGCAGAAUUCCUAGCUAGAAUAAUGGAAGUCAUUGGAGAGGGAGGAGGUAUGGAUGUGGCAUGUGUUAUGGGUCAGAAAAGUAGAUCUGGAAUAAUUUUGUUUAAAAAUGGAAAAUCAACAGCAUGCACUCAGGCAGUUCAUUUAAAGAGAACCUGCAGACUGUUAUAUAGUUACGGAAAAUCUGGCUUAUUUAGCCAUUACAAAACUGGAAAUGGUUUCAUUAAGAGGGGGGCUAUCUGUCCGUAAAGCUUCUCUAUCACGUAUAAUAUUUUCUAACGUAAUACAACCCUCUAAACACAGCAAACCUGCUGUAAUUAUUUCUCGUAACUGCAGGGGGAAUAUGAAAUAGCUGGACUCCAGGAAUUUCACUGCUGAAUGCAGCCAAAAAGCAAAUUGUGAUCAUCUGUCAGUGAUCGCAGAAUGGUAGCUUUCCCCCCCCACACACACACACAAACUUUUUUUCUUUUUACUCUUUUUUUUAAUAAGCUGGAAUGAGGAGUUGAGAAUGAUCUUAGAGAGGAACAUAUAAUAUAUUUCACAGGCAGCAUGCAUAUUAUUUUAGUGUAACACAGGGUUUAUUUAUUUCAUCACAGAAACGGAUCAAUUAAUUGCCUGUGUCCAGCAACUGUAAAUUGUGCAAGAGGGCAGCGGGAUCGUUUCCAAGCUAGCACUCUGUCUCUUUAGCAGUACAAACUAGUUACCCUAAACGUGACUCAGACUAAACGGGUUCCUAGGCUCAUUUUUUUUUUUCUGGGGUUGAGUUAGGGAGAGGGAAGCUCAAUGAUUGGCCUACAUCCCUCAUUUGCAUUAUGUGUAAUUAGUCUGCUUUACGGUAGUCUCUUGAAAAGACAUUUCAGGAGGUUGAGUGUUGUUUAAUGCGCUGAGCCAACAGCUGUACAGGCUUAGCAUCCUUUAGCAGCUAAUCCCAAGAUACAUGGCUUACCACCAGCAUCCUUUGAAAACUGCCUUUGCAUCCUGUUUAAGACUUGUAUGGCCUUUGAAAAAUGAAGGAAAGUUAUUUUGAUCAUAAGGUCCCUUGCUCCCAGUGUAAUAUUGCAGCUCCUGUUUUUGUAUUAUUACAUGCCCUAACUCAUGUUCCUUGUAUGACUGUGGCAGUCCUCUGUGGAUAAAUGGAUCAAUGCAAUGCUCUUCUUAUAGCAAUAGAGGACAGUUGCAAAUAGUCUGUUGUAUUGAAUUUGGAUCUGCGAGCAUUGAGGACAGAGUUGAAUUUUUGUACAAAUCCAGAAUUCUAGACCGUUCAAAGUCUUGGCUGUUAAGUUAUCGCUCUUAGUCAUGUAACUAUCAUGAUUUCAGGUCAUGUUUUCCUAUCAGACUAUUUCAGGUUACAUUCCUGUGUUUCAUGCUGGACAUUUCUUCAGUCCUCAUUAGUUUUGUGCUCAUGCACAUGCCUUGGAUUUUGUGUUUUGGAGAACAUACUAGGGUCUAAUUGAACCAAGUUCAGUCUCAGAGCAAAGAGACCUCAGAUUAAUGGCUGCAUUUGAACUGAAGUGUAGGAAACAAAGUACCACUCUAUUUUCUAAGGGCAUGUAAUAAUUGUCCUGAGCCAAAUUACAAAUGCACACAGGCUGUCCAUGGGUUAAGAAUGAGUUCUGUCCCCUAAAUCUUUAACUCAAAUUUGUAUUGAAAUUGGAACUCAUACUUAUAAACUUAAGCACAGCUCCUAGAUACAACGGACUGCCUAUUAAUAAAAAUGGCAGAUGGCAUUCUCCUUCCUUCAGCUGACAAAGUGCUGAAG